GUCAACAGUAUUUUGUUUCUUACAGCUGUGUUCUGGUGCAGAGCUCACGGGGGCUGUAACCCAGAGGCCAGUUCGUUAGUUUAUCUCCAUAUAGCGUCGUCCAUUGUAGAGACUGUAUAUCGGUAACGUUGUAAACACACACAUAAACCAGAGGACAACUAAAGAAAAUUUAUGACAAAGCAGACUGAUAGAAGAUGUGUGCUGCCGUGUAUGUCCUGUCAACGGUAACGGGCUACGUGCUCACCUCUGCUCUGCUGCUAAAAUGUCCAACCCUUUUGCAUCGGAAGAAGCGAGAGGCUUUUAAAAGCCAACACAUUUCCCAUCGUGGAGGUGCAGGAGAAAACCUGGAGAACACCAUGGCAGCUUUCAAACAUGCUGUGGAGCUCGGCACAGACAUGCUGGAGCUGGACUGCCACCUGACAAAAGAUGAACAGGUUGUGGUUUCACAUGAUGCCAACUUACAAAGGGUUUGCGGCAUCAAUGCUGACAUCUCCGAAAUGGCCUACGCUGAGCUCCCCCCAUACCUCUGCAAACUGGGUGUAUCUUUUCAGAGGGAGUGUUUCUGUGAAGGAGGGGAGGACAAACGCAUCCCUCUCCUCAGGGAUGUUUUUGAUGCCUUCCCUAAUACGCCCGUAAACAUUGACAUCAAAGUCAACAAUGAUACACUCAUCAAGAAGGUUUCUGAGCUGGUUGUUAAGUAUGACAGAGCGCAUCUGACUGUGUGGGGCAAUUCUCGCAAUCAGAUUGUCAAAAAGUGUUACAAAGAGAAUCCUCAAAUUCCAGUGUUGUUUAGCUUUCCCAGAGUAUUGCAGCUAUUGGGCCUCUUCUACACAGGCCUCCUGCCCUUUGUCCCCCUAAAGGAGCAGUUCCUGGAGAUCCCCAUGCCCUCCAUUAUAACCAAAUUGAAAGAUCCUAACAGAUUAACAAGGAGUCAACGAUUUAUCAGCUGGCUGGCCGACUCUUUGCUGAUGAGGAAAGCUCUCUUUGAUCAUCUAACUGCCAGGGGAAUACAGGUGUACAUUUGGGUGCUGAAUGAUGAGGAGGACUUCCAGAGGGCAUUUGACUUGGGGGCCACAGGAGUUAUGACAGAUUUUCCCACCAGGCUUAAAGACUUUAUGGACAGGAAUGGCAUUUCUAAGCUCCAGUGACCUGCCAAAUUCUACCUCACCCCACCCCACUAGCGAUUAUCCUUCAAGCUGAGUGACCUGCCCAACCAGUCCCCCCACAUGCACCCACUUUUACUGCAUGCAUUCCAGCAGGACUUCUCCUACAUUGUGCUUCACAUCUGUGAUGAUCCACUUGCUGCUCAUGUUUUGGUGAUAUAAAUCUCUUUACUUCUAAAAGGGGCUCCUCUGUGUUAAUUUAACCAACUAUUUAAACCUCCCCUCCUCAGUAUUUUAGUGACAGGUGAAUCUUUACAGCAGAUAUAUACCAAAUACUUUCAGAGCCAUGUAGGAGUAAAGCAGCAGGCAUUUUAUAGAGACUGGGGCAUAUUUAAAGUUUUAGCAUAUAUUAUUGAGCAGGUAUAUGGGUUCAAAAAGGCUGUUUAGAAAUGUUUUAUGCUAAUCGUUUUGCUUAUGGGAACAGAUAUGUACUUGAUGUGCAAGGGAAAGGGUUUCAGGCCAAGAUGAAGGUGAGCAGAGACACAAAUGACACAAACAACCAUGUGUGCUCACAGUCAAUUAUGAACUUCAGCUAACUUAUUAUGCAAUUUUUUUUGGACUCUUAUUUUGUUUUCCACUUAUUUAUUUUCUUUGUUUUACACAUUUGUUGGUUUGCUUUUCUGAGUGACUAUUUCUGACAGAAAUCACCAAAAUCUGGCAAACCCUUGCACACAGAAUACGUCUGACUCCAUAAGCAACGUUAUAAAGAGACAACAUUUUCAAAUUAGCUUCAUGACACCCAUAGCUUAUUACCAUAUAAUCUACUUCAAAGUGAAAUUUUGCCUGCCUUCACAAAACUCUUCCCCUUAAAUGACUUCGCUUUGUCAUCUCUGGUCCAGAUGUAAGUCUUUCAAUAAAAGAAAAGUAUCUAAAUAAAAUGGCUGAGAAGAGAAAUCCAGGUUGAAUGGACACAGAGUGUCUCAAAGGACUUGUAAUGUACCUGCUAUACAUUAUUAACCUCUAAGUUCUCUAUCCAUUAUCCAAAUGCACACAUAGACCUGUGUGAGAUGUGUGUUAUUACACAGCUGUUUAAAACCAGCUUAUCUUUUUAAGCAAAUCUAAAGAAAGAAUAAAACAUAGGAUAUAAAUGAGUACUGAAAUGUUGUAAUUACAAGUCUUAUGGGUUUUUAAUUUCAUAAUAGUUCAAUUAUUGUUUAUGAUUAUAAAUGAUUUCAAAUUUUUUUUUAUAAAAGUUUACUUAUGUGAAGACUGUUUUUUUUUUAAUUGUUUUCACAGUUUUUGGUGUUCAAGUAAAAGUGUUGUGCUUGUACAAUCACAAGAAGAUGCAGCUCGAUGAUGUGAUGCCAUCUUAAUUUACAAGUUUACCCAUUUUUAUUUUUACUACAGUCUGCCAUUUGGCACUUGCAAUAAUACAGUUGUCUGCCGUUGUGAAAUGCCUUUAUAUGCCAGAUACAGACAAAAAAUAGGUACUUGUAAUUAACAACAGAACAUACACAAAUUGAUUUGAACUAUCCACUGUACUGUAAUAACCACUAUUUGUUUGCUGUGUCAUAUGUUUAUGUGUAGAGGCUAUUACGUAGACUUCUCCCUGAAUCAAAAUAAUUGUUUGUUCAUUAAUUAUCUAGGAGAUUUAUUUGGACUGAAUAUGAAUCUUCCUAUUCUUUGUUGUCAGUUUGUUUAAUUGUGAUUGUAUAUAUAUAGAAACUAUAGAUAUUUUAGAUAUUUAUAGUAUUUUGGCUGCCCAACAUAGACAGUGAUGCAUGUUGAUUGGUAGCUUCACUACUGUCAUAGGAGGAUGAAAUGUAUUAGACAAUAAAACCCAAGCACAUCAUAUUUCUGCACUGCCACUACAUGGCUGGUGAUGAUUCAGAUGGAUGUAACAGGGUUAUUACAUACACAUUAUCAAUGAUGUUCUCUAAUCCAAACUUGUGACCACGUGUGGAGGGUCUGUAAUGAAUGUAGUAUUGGUUGAAUGUACAGUAAGCUGUUUUGAUGUUUUGCAAUCAAAGCAGUAUUUGAGUUUAAUAGAUUUCAUUUAUCUCUUUGGGCAUUUUGUGUAAAUUGAGUUAAAUUUACACAUAUAAACUUUGUUCUAGUUUUUACAGCUGUUUAUUCCAAAUUAUUACAUUUCAUUGGAAAACUUUAUCCGCUAAUUAUUUUACAUAUAUUUUGAUUGCAAUACUUGUGCUGUACUGAGUGUACAGGUUAUGUUUGUUUUGUUUUGCAUGCUCAAAUGAAGCUGUUGUGCUUGAAUACGUUGUGUCAUUGACAGAAUCAUUUUUGGACCUGGCUGUUUGGGUUUAAAAAUAUUUCAAUGUGCAAUAUGUAAUUUGAUUUUCUUACAAAGAACAAUAAUAAAAAAAUGUUCCUUAUUAUUAGUGACAAUAAUUCCUAAAAGUAUUCUUACAGUGGGUAAAAUAAGUAUUGAACAUGUCACCAUUUUUCUCAGUAAAUAUAUUUCUAAAAGUGCUACUGACGUGAACUUUUCACCAGAUGUCGGGUAACAACCAGUGCAAUCCACACAUGAAUAUAAUAAAAUCAUCAAACCUUAAAUGUCCGUAAAUUAAGUUUUGGUUAAAAAAUUUCAUGUAUUCAAUACUUUUCCCCGGUGUCAUUCCAUUUAAUUACACAUCUGGUGAAAAACUUGUCAACAUCGCCUUAAAAAAUACAAUUAUUUACUGAAGAAAAUGGUGAUGUGUUCAAUACUUAUUGUACCCACUGUAUACAUGUGUUGGUGUUGCAGGAAACUUGGUUACUUUAACUUCUCCCUGUUCUUGUCAACUUCUCCUCUGCUAUAAACCAUUUUAAAGCAGCCUAUUUAAUAAAUUGUCAGGAGGUGGCGCUGUGGGCUGGCUUGAUUUGCUUCUUUCAGACAACUUUAGGAUACUGGACAUAUUUCUUGUCACUUGAAAAUCAUCCGGACAUUUAUUUAUUUAUUUAUUUUCUUGCAAAAUUUUUUUAAACGACUGAAGCCCCUUACUCUCUUUCUGUUUCCAUUAAACUACAAUUACAGUU